CCGGAAGUGGAGCCGCCGCCGGAGGCACCAUGGCCGAGACCGACCCCAAGAGCGUCCAGGACCUGACGGCCGUGGUGCAGACAUUGCUCCAGCAAAUGCAGGACAAGUUUCAAACCAUGUCUGACCAAAUCAUUGGAAGAAUCGAUGACAUGAGCUGCCGCAUCGAUGACCUGGAGCGCAACAUCGCCGACCUGAUGAUGCAGGCGGGCGUGGAGGAGCUCGAGGGGGAGAACAAGACCCCGGCUUCCAACAAGGGCUAAAGUUGCCAACAACUCAAGUCAUGGAAGAUUACUUACUCUUUUUUUUUUCUACAAAUCCUUGGAAUUAAAAAAUGGCUCUUUGCAACUCCAGUGUGUGAAAGCAUUUUUAUAUUGUUACAGAGCUUGCAUUCCUAAUGUACAUUGUAUAGUUGGGGUAGGGUAGUUUCUAUUUUGAUUUUGUGUACUGUAAUUUCACUUUUUGAAUUCUUGUAACGAGGAUCACUUGGUUGUGUUAUUAAAACACAGAUCUUAUGGAUCUCAA